UUUUUAGGUAAACUUACCUGAUGAGGAACAGGGACAGGGCUUGUAGUUGCCAGCGUAUCUCAGUGUAGUGCGAUGCGACGGCGCCUCCGACCGACAGACGAAUAGACAGACACAGUGACAAGACUUGAUUGACGUGCCAGGGCUUGGAAGCUGUGGCUCAGCCUCACUAGGUACUGGUACUGGUACUGCCUCUGGUUCGCGGUGCGUGGGUUAUAUGCAGCUUGCCAGCCAACGAAAAUCUCUGUCAAUUACCAAUGCUCUUUUCGAGAAAACGCUCUCUGCUCCGUGCGUCGUCGUAUUGUCUUGUCGACGAUCCGGAGCUGUCACGAGGAGGAAACCUUUUUGGAUGAUGGACUGGCCAUUCGACGACCCGUACACGUUAUUCGCUCCAGGUACUCAGGCGAUUGCAAAUGGAGCGUCGAAUAAGUGUAUGUGUACACUGUCGAGACCAUGUGGAUAUGCGGCGAAAAACAGUCGGUGCUGCUACAAUGUUUGUGUCGUGCUCGAGAGGGCGCCAGCGACAGGUAUAAAGGGCUGGAAGCUAGCAGACGGAGCGACAGUGAUGAUGACUGGAGCGGCACCAUCUCCCGCCAUGACUCUGCUCGAGGAUAGUUGGAACAAGCGUAACACGACAGGAAGACGCAUGGUUGGCGGUUCAAGGACAGAGUAGGAUGCAAGAAAACGGCGAGUGGGGAUGUUGUGGUGUCCAGUGAAUGCAGAGAAAUGAAGCUACAAGCUGUGAUUGGCUGGAGAAGCGGGGGCCAAGUUUAGCCGUGUUUAUGCCGCUAAUUCCAGUCCCGCAA